GUGGCGCCGCCGGGCCCGCGGAAGUGACGCCCGCCCGCCCCGGAAGUUCCGCCGCCGCACGGGGUUUCUCGUGCUGCUCGUGCGCGGCGCUUCCUUUCUCAGCCGACAUCUUGGAGGGGCAGCAUCCGCCGCCGCACCAUGCCGCCUAAAGACGACAAGAAGAAGAAGGACGCGGGCAAGUCCGCCAAGAAGGACAAGGACCCCGUCAACAAGUCCGGCGGCAAAGCUAAGAAGAAGAAGUGGUCCAAGGGAAAAGUUAGAGACAAGUUGAACAACCUUGUCUUGUUCGAUAAGGCCACCUAUGACAAACUGUGUAAAGAAGUACCUAACUACAAGCUCAUCACACCUGCAGUUGUCUCAGAAAGACUGAAGAUUCGGGGUUCUCUGGCUAGAGCUGCUCUUCAGGAACUGCUUAGCAAAGGUUUGAUCAAGCUCGUGUCCAAGCACCGAGCCCAAGUGAUCUACACCAGAAACACAAAAGGUGGAGAUGCGCCUGCUGCUGGGGAGGAUGCAUAGGAAGGUUCUCCAGCGAUCUCUUCAACAAUCUAUCAUAUGUAGACACGCCAAAUAAAAUUGUUGAAAUAA